CUUGGGACUUUUUUAAGAGUGGGACAUUUUAUGACAUCAACAAUGUCUUCUUGGAGCGAUUUUGAAACAGCGUAGCAUUGAAUAGGUCUUCAGAAAAGGAUUUUCUAAGAAAAAUGCUAUCUUCCAGCCUAAAAUAUUUUUACUAUUAGCCAGGAUAAGCUCAAUAUUGAAAAGUUUCCUCAACAUUCUUUUCAUUAGAAGAAACCUGCAUGUAAGUAAAGGUUAUUGUCCAGUUUACGCUGGGCUGGAUCUUGUUAACAAUUACGCUUCUUAGCUGCAUUUUCAAGCUUUCUUUUGAGACAUCAUUUCAGAACUUAACGAUGUGUCUUCUAAUUUUCCUUAUAAAUUUUCUAGGAACAGUUAAUCGCCUUCCAUAAGCAAAUGUGUGAAUCGAGCCAGCUGCACUUAUGUUACAGUUUGCUGGCUAAGUAAAUCUAAAUGCUGGUGUUGGCUACAUAGCGACAACAAGAGCUUACAGUUAUAUAUAACAGUACACAAGAUUGACUUUGAUUAUUGUACUUAUCAAUACAUGGCUUUUUGUUUUCACCUCCAAUUGAAAACAGUCUUAAGCAUCCAUUUUUAGAAUCGUCAAGGAAAACAACAACUUAGAGCAGAUUUUUUAUAGAAGAUAUUCAUUAAUAGAUUAUUCUGAUUUCCAGUGACCGGCCAACGGACAGCAGGCAUGGGAUUUUUUUUUAAAAUAUUAGAGAAUCGAGUUUUAAAAACGAGAAAUACUUUAAUAGGCUUUUCUUGAAACUUAAAGUGGUUUUUCGUUCAAAACAUUUGCAGCUGCUUUCAUUACACAGCCGUUGCUUCCUGCAUCAACCAUUCUUGGAUAUCUCUCCGUUCCGUGAGAAAGAGUUUAUGCCGCAAGAUUACAGUAUUUAAAAAAUACAAAAAUUCUUAAAAGGGCUCAGUCUAUUCAACCAGUGUUGCAAGAUACUACAAUUUCCCUGAAUGUUAAUAAAACUAGCAAUACAGAAAGUUGCUUAACAUCAUGCCAAGAUUUUAUAUCUAAUGAUUCUCAAGAAUGCAAUUAAAUAUACAUGGUGCGUAUGGUAUUUUAUCCUAGAAACGAUAAUAUAGUUAGCAAAUAAAUUGAGCACCAGAAUGAAAUAAAUUUGUUUUGAUAGUUGAAAACACGGCGUUUCGAGCAUGUACUCAUUAUCAAGCAGCUAGAAAAGAAACGUUCCGAGCAAAGAGAAGGCGAGAUUCGACGAAUAGGGAAGAAUGCGAGAUGCUACGUAACCGAAACCAGGAUAGGGAAUAUGAAGAAGGAAUAUAUGAAUAUACAUAGUAGAAAAUAGAUAGGAAAGGAACCUAUUGUAGGAAAUUAAAAUGUUUAAAAAGUUUAACUAGUCUUGUUUUGGUUACGUCGCUUCUCGUAUUCUUUCCUAUUUCUCGAAUCUUGCCUUCUCUUUGCUUGGCUCUUUUCUUUUCUAGUCACUUGAUAACAAGUACAUCCUCGAAACGACAUUUUUUUGUGUUUUUAUCUAUCGAAACUAACUGAUUUCAUUCUGGUACUCAAUUCAUUUGCUCACUAUAUUAUUAUUUACCAAAGUGGGUUGCUAAGGAAAAAAUAUGCAAAAUUAGUUUUUAAACUCAUGACAUUGUGAGAUUCCAAGCUAUCAAAUUUUCCGGAAAAUUUUUUAUUAUAUUGUCUAAUGUUUUGAACUGAAGGAAUUUACGUAGAGGAAACACCUACUUUAAAAGUAACAUUUGCCUAAAAUAUCCAAAUUUAGACUUUCGUGCUUUUUACCACUCAACAAAAAACAUGGAAGGCAGUUGAGUGUCACUUGUAAGUUUCAUUCUCCUAGGUUGAUAUAGCGAAACAUCCCCAAUGGCAGGCUUUCGUAAAGCAAAACUUUCAGUUGUGAAUCGAUAAAAUGCUUUGAUUGCUUGCACAAUUAUGAGCCUAAGUGUUAGAUAGACAGCAAGUUACAUUUACUGAGUUUGAAAUGGCUUUAAAAAAUCAAAUAUUUUAAAAGAUACUUGAAGUUUUCGUAUGGCACUACUCAGAGAAUAAACGUCAGAAUCAGGGUUGAAAUAUCAAGCAUAAAAAUAUAUAUCUAGUUGUGGAGAAAAUCGUUCUUUAUUCCAAUUACAUCUCAACUGUUAAAAGCUAUGACAAAUCCUACUUCAUUUUAUCGAAAAUCAUUCUUUGAAACCCUUAAUUUUUUGUUAUUGUCGCAAUUCUUACUUAUAUUAGGCCAAAGUCACAUGUUGACAAUGGAGGUAGUUCAGAACUUUUUUCUGUUUCGGCGAAGAAAGUACAACGAGACUAAACAAAUCCGUGUAACGGUGUGGAAACUGAGUUAUUCAUUCCAAACGUAAUAGAACUUUUUUUGAUGCGGCAAACUAUCUCUUGAAUAAAAAUACUCUCAUCAGUCUUUUCACCGUUAAUAGAUUUAUAGGUGUCUAAACUCAGCGUAUUCGCUCGGUUGGUAAAGAAAAACCAUUCAAAGAAUUACAAAAAAAGUUAAGUAUUGACGUAGAAAAUUAUUGCAUUUUUGUUACUUGUCUAUAUUAAAACCUAUUUUAGACUUAGCGGAAAGUUCAUAAAUGGCUUUCGGACGUCGAAGAUUGAAAGCUUUGUAGAUAACAACAUUUUAAGAAUACGAUAUUUCAAGUGUAUGAAUGGUUUUCUUGUUCAGAAAAAUACUAUUUUGGCGUGUCGCUUCUAUUGUCGCUUUCGAUGUCAGACAAAAGACAUAAUUUUCUGCUGAAGUUUAUAUCAAUUGCUAUCACAUUGCCGAUAUCCCAACUAUGCAUUGUAUGCCAAGAUUUGUCGCUGGUUUAAUGCAAAGAGGAUGAACAGAUGGAAAGAUCAUCAAUUUGCUUGGCUGAUGCAGGAAUGCCAUGUUGACACUUACUUUACUUUCGAGUUCAGCUUAUUGGCAUCUAGCUUUGAAACUUCAAAUCAAAUAUUUCUUUUAAGAAAACAAACAAUGUUGAUUUUCCUCUGAAUGGAAUGAAAUCUCAAAUCAAACACAACAGGACAUUUCAAAAGAAUUAUUGUUGAUCUCAUGCAAAAGUUCUGACGGUCUUUGCAGAAGGCGACAGAUUUUACUAGAUUCAGACAAGCUAAAGUGAAUAACAUUCAUGCAAAAAGAUAUCCGAAUACCAAAACAAUCAACAUUGAAAUUUCAAUUGAUGGUGGCAAAGCUGAAAUGAUUACGCAUUGUAUGCAGUGACCGAAUCUUUGUGAAAAUAAAUGAUCUAGCUAUUCAAUGGAUAUUCAAGAAAUUGAUGGAUGUUCAUCCCAUUAGUUGAUUGAUUUGAUUAAGUAUUUAGGUGAGAUGCAAAGGUUAAUGAAUUCAAGAAAAUUAGUAAGAUCAACAUUCAAAGUCUGCAACUAGUUCAUGAAACACGAUCACCGUGCAACUCGGUUCUUAUGUUAUUUGAUAUUCAAGACUAAAAGACAAGUGCUGGAAAUUGCUUAUGAAUUCAUUGGCUCAUGACGAACGCCAUACAUAUUUGGUCGAUGCUCCAUGGCUAAAAGAAUAUCACCGGCAGAUUGCUUACAGUUCUGAAAAAGACAAUGACCAAUACAUAUAACAUGACCAAAGAAGAAAUGUCUCUUAAUGGCAGCUAUGUUGAACAUACAAUUGGAACACCGAAGCCGAAUGAAACAAUGAGUAGCGAGAGUGGAUUAAGCCACGUUGAGGUUGUUCUUAUCACAAUGUAUAUUCCUUUCCUACUCGUGGCAGCAUUUGGCAAUUUGCUUGUCAUUCUAGUUAGGGUAAGGAAGUUUAAAAGCCAUGGCCUAUCAGCAUAUAAACAACUGAUAUGUCAUCUCUCAGUGGCAGAUAUAGUCUGCGCAAUGGCAAUACCUCUUGACAUUUAUUUGAAGAUCAACAAGAAGGAUUGGCUUCAACACAGUCAUACAUGUAAAUUCAUCCAAACAUCACUGUCAGCGUCAUUGACAGCAUCAAUAUGCAUCCUGACAGCCAUGGCAUUUGAAAGGUAUCAAGGCAUAUCCAACCCUUUGGCACAUCACUGGUCAACAAAGAAGGUCACCGUCCUUGCCAUAGUCAUAUGGAUUUACAGCUAUGCCAACUUCAUCCCAUAUGCUAGAGCUCUGGAUGUAGAAGAAGAAAGAUGUUCGGAUAAUCAUUAUCCUAGUCCCCAGUUUGUCAAGUGGUACACCCUUUUUCAGUUUUUCUCUAAUUGGUUGGUGCCACUUAUCUUCAUCAUUGUAUUCCAUUUUGGAAUGGUGAUCAAAGUUAUCAGUCAUCGAAGAACAAUCAAACGAAGCACAUACCACACGCCUUCGACACAAAACCAAUGCAAUAAACAACCAAGCAGAGCUAACCAGAAGAAGAGGAAGAUGGUAAAGAUCCUUGUUGUCAUUGUCACCCUCUUUGCCUUGCUCACGCUUCCCAAUCACAUUUGGUAUUUAUGGUAUGAGUUCAGUGAUAGAUCGGAGAAACAAAACUACAACCUAGCGAUCUUAGAGAUCUUUGCCGCAUUCGUUUAUCUCCACACUGCCGUCAACCCUGUCAUCUACAGCAUCAUGGACAGGAGUUUCAGAGACGAUGUCAAGAUGCUAUUCAACUACAAGCCUACACAACCAGAGGCUGUUAGAAUGCGAGCAAUCAACGGAGCAACCCAGGAAAGCUUUUAGACUAACCAAUGACUAAAAUGGAAACACGUAGACCACCAUGUCAAUGGCAUUAGACUGUAGAUAUUUAAGCACGCUUUAGUAAAUAUAACUGGGAAACAUAGCAGUUUUUAAGUGGUUUAAUCACAUGGUUACGGCUUUGGAACUAAACGGUACUUGUAGAAAAACUAAAAUGUUAUAGCAAAGGCACGUACGGUGUGCUGUUGUUUCAUUUCCUUGCAAUGUUGAUCUGUAAAUUACUGUGCUAAAAUUUCAGAACAAAAGAACAAGCCUUUAGAUGAAAAUAUCAAAUUUGUCUUGACGCUGCAUGAAAGAACUUUAAAAAACUUGUGGGAUGGGUGACGGUAUUUAAAAAAAAAUUGUAUGCAUUGAUGAUAGAGUACUUAAUUACUUACUAUAUAGCAGCAAUUAUUCCAGUUAACAGUAUAAGCUUCAACCUACAGAAUCUGAAGAUAUUAUACUUACAACUAGCAUUUAAAGGCCACUGCUCACAUAUAUUUCAUAGCUUUCCAUUUGCUUAAACAACAAUAAAAUCGCAAGAAGGAUUUUGAAGUUCUAGGUAGUCUACCCCAGCCUAUGUGUCUUUGAUUUGUAUUUCUGGGCUGGAGUCUCAAAUUGGACAAGCCAACCACCCUUCCUCCCCUCUCAGCUCCCUAUAGUCUCGAACACUGAUGUCACAGUGUUUUUUAGAUGGUACUGUUAUCUUAAUGGUGUAUACAUAAAGGUGUCGGUACAAUUCCUUGUAUAUAGCAUUCAUUAUAUAUAUAGCAUAUAGCUUUUUGUAAAUAGCAUUGUGAAGCUUGUUAGCAUCAGCAGAUUAAAAUAAAAGUAGCUAGAUGGAGUAAGACUAUUUCUUUGUAGAUCUUCUUUGAGCCUAGAAUUGGCUAUAUUUUGGGCCAAGUUUCUCAGGCAAAAAGAUCAUUUCAUCAUUUGAGAGUAUGCGAAAGUAUUUCAGCACCAGAGCUAACGACCCUCAACAAAUUGUUCCAAAACCCUCUUAAACGUAUGCUAAUAUUGAAAUGUUUUAAUCACAGC